CAACGCGCCGCGGUUGAAACAAAAACCCCCCUCCCUCCCCCUCGUCUUCCUCACAAAUCCCACCCCAAAAAAAAAAACGCCUCCCGGUUGCUCGCCUCUAUCCGCAUUGAAAAUCUUUGAAAGAGGUUUCGAUCCCGAAACCGCCAAGGGCCCGCCCCGCAAGUGCAUGGCAGUGAACUUCCUGGCCAAUGAGUUGUCGGACCUGUGCAUCGGCAAGCCGGCCGUGAGGUCGCUCCCGCUCUCCGCCGCCACCGGCGACCUUGCCGCCGCCCUCCGGAGGGUGUCCCGCUCUGGCGCCGCAGCCUGCGUCGCGGUGACCGGACCAGCGCGCGCCGUCGUCGGCCGGGUCGGCCCCGCGGACGUGCUCUGCCUCCUCUGCACCGACCCUGAGGCGCUCGCGCGCCCCGCCGCGGUCUUCUCCAAGCCGGUCUCCGCGCUCCUGCCUAAGGACGGCGCCGGAGAGGUCCGCCGCGUCGAUCCCCGCUCCAGUAUCUUGGAGGCCCUUGAUGCGAUUCUGAGCGGGGCGCAGGUGCUGGCCGUCCCCCUCCGCGCUGGCGGGCGCAAGAAGCAGCUCGUUGGCGCCGCCGACGGCGACUUCUGCUGGCUCACGCAGGAGGACCUCGUGCGCUACUUCCUCAACUACAUCUGCCUCGUCUACAAUGUGGCGGCGCGCUCCGUGUCCUCCCUCGGGCUCGUGCGCGCCGACUUCCUCUCGGUGCGCCCCGGCGAGGCGGCCCUGUCCGCCGUGCCCCUCAUCCGCCGCGCCGUCGCCACGGAGACGGCGGUUGCCGUGGUCGCCGAAGACGGGCACCUCGUCGGCGAGAUCUCCCCUGCCCUUCUCGCGGCCUGCGACGAGACGGCGGCGGCAGCCAUCGCCACGCUCUCGGCCGCCGACCUCAUGGCCUACAUCGACCACUACGUGUCGCCGCCUGAGCACAUCCUGCGCGCCGUCAAGGCCGGACUGAAGGACAAGGGCCUGGACGCCUUGCUUGCGCUGGUUGAGGACGAGACGCUGUCAUCGUUCUCGUCCCUCUCCUCCGCGUCCUCCUCGUCCGACGAGGAGGCAGGCCGGGCGCAGCUGAGGCGUCCGUCGUCGGGGAGCUACGGGCGGCGGGCGGCUGACGAGCCGGUGGUGUGCAGCCCCGCGAGCUCACUGGUGGCCGUCUUGGUGCAGGCCCUCGCGCACAGGGUGAGCUACGUCUGGGUCCUCGACGAGGACAACGACUGCCGCCUCGCCGGCAUCGUCACGUUCGCGGACGUGCUGAGGGUUUUCCGGGAGCAGCUGCUGUGAGGCCUGACGAGUGCUUACUGUUUCCUGGCUCCCAUCUUGUGGUGUCAUGGAAUUGAGAAGAAUAUGAGCUCUUGUUUCUGAAACAUUUUUAUUUGAAGAGUAUGUGUUUGCUUGCUUGGUAGCCAGUUCAGAAUUCAGAUGAACAGCUUUGACAUUGGUGCGUUUUCAUUAAAUUUCUUCCUAUUAAU